AUGCACACCCAACUGUCGACAUGGCUGGCCGUAUCAGCCGUACUGUGGCCAGCAGUCACAGCCUUCUAUCCCUACCAAUACAACGACGGUAGCACAACGACAGAGUCGAGUCGACGGAGCGCGAAGCUUUCGAGAGCGAGCUCGGGAUCGAUAACGGUCUCGCUACGACGUGUUCCCGUCCCCCUUCGCUCGAGGCAGCAGAACACAUACAACAUUGUCAACUCGAAAGAUCCAAGCCAGCUGAACAGCGUGGCGAUCGAUCAAGAUGGAAGCGACCUGAGCUACAUGGUUGCCGUAACCAUUGGCGACAGCAAAGAGGAGUACCACCUGCUACUCGACUCGGCAGCGAGCAACACGUGGGUGAUGGGGCAGGACUGCAAAAGCGAUGCCUGCGCAACGCACACCACGUUUGGCAAAGGGGACUCAAGCUCUCUGAAGACGCAAACCUCCCCCUUCAGCGUCACGUACGGCACCGGCUCCGUCAGCGGCACCCUCGCAACAGACACGCUGCACAUCGGCGCCCUCUCGCCCUCCGUCUCCUUCGGUCUCGCAACCAACGUCUCCAACGAAUUCAAAUCGUACCCCAUGGACGGCAUCCUGGGCAUCGGGCGGGGCGACGUGGUCCAAGGCAGCGCGCAGAUCAUGGACGUUCUCAAAGACGACAAGUUGAUCGGCGCGAAGCUGUACGGGAUCCACUUGAGCAGGACCAAAGACGGCCUGAACGACGGCGAGCUCAAUCUCGGCGAAGUCAACAAAAACAGAUAUUCAGGCGACCUGAACUGGCUCGACUGCAUCCCCAACGACACGGGGUUCUGGGAGAUCGCGCUCUCGGACGCGAGUGUGGAUGACAAGUCCCUCGGUCUCACUGGCAAACAAGGCAUCGUGGAUACAGGCACAUCGUACAUCCUGAUGCCGCCCUCGGACGCGUUGGCACUCCACUCCCUCGUCCCGGGCUACUCGCAAUCGGGCGAGACGUUCAGCGCGCCGUGCGACACCACCACGAAGCUGGCUUUCGUCUUCGGCAAACAGAGUUACGAGAUUGCUACUGCUGAUUGGCUGGGCGGGAAACUCGACUCCGGGCUGUGUCGCAGCAACAUCGUGGGGCGCCAGACAUUCAACGAGAGCCAGUGGCUGAUUGGCGAUGUGUUUCUCAAGAACGUGUACAGCGUGUUUGAUUUCGAGGGGAGCCGCGUGGGAUUGGGGAUGCCGCCGAAGGAGGGCGAGCAGAGCAGCUCGAGCUCCUCAAGCUCCUCAAGCGGAACUUCAUCUGCCACUUCGACGGCUGCGAAGACGAGCGGAGCGGCGGGUGCGUCGCAAACCGCAACGGUAGAGGGCAGCGCGGAUCCGUCCCCGAGCGCUGUCGCGGAGAGCCAGGGCCAGAGCAACCAGCAAGGAGGCGCUGGACUGGUGAAAGCUCCUUUCGUACUGACGAUGGUCGGUGUUGCAUGUUCUCUGUUGAUGUAG